AUGGAUUGGACCAGCCUUGCUGCUGCAGGCUUGGUGCUUAUCCUGAUUCUCCUUCUGGUUCUGAAAAGAGAACACUACUGGAAGAACUAUGCAAGAAAGAGCUUUCCCCCAGGACCCAGGCCUCUACCCAUCAUCGGAAAUCUGCACAUCAUGGAUCUGAAGAGGCCUUAUCGGACAAUGCUAGAGCUGUCCGAAGUGUAUGGUCCAGUCUUCAGCAUUCACAUGGGACAAAAUAAAGUGGUGGUGCUGUCAGGGUAUGAAACAGUGAAGGAAGCUCUGGUGAAUCAUGCAGAUGCAUUUGCAGGAAGACCUGAAAUACCAGUCUUAGAAAAAUCAGUAAAAGGAAACGGAAUUUUAUUCUCUCAAGGAGAAAACUGGAAAAUGAUGCGAAGAUUUACUCUCACAACCUUACGAGACUUUGGAAUGGGCAAAAAGGCCAUAGAGGACUUCAUUGUGGAAGAGUAUGGACACCUGGUAGACACCAUUGAGACACACAAAGGGAAACCCCUUGAGAUGACCCUGAUGCUGAAUGCAGCUGUCGCUAAUGUCGUUGUGUCCAUAUUGCUUGGAAAGCGGUAUGACUAUGAAGAUCCCACAUUUAAAAGGCUCCUGUGUUUGGUGAAUGAAAAUGUCAGGCUUCUUGGAAGUCCAACAGUUUCGCUGUACAACACGUACCCAGUCCUUGGAUUCCUCCUGAAGAGCCACAAAACCCUUCUGAAGAAUAGAGAUGAAAUUGGUGAUUUUAUUAAGGUCACUUUUCUAGAACAUCUCAAAACCCUCGACAAAAACGACCAGAGGAGCUUCAUUGACACUUUUCUCGUCCGACAACAAGAGGAGAAAGGUAAUACCAAUGGAUACUUCCAUAACGACAAUUUAACAGAGAUUGUGAGGAAUCUGUUUGCAGCUGGCAUGGAGACCACAUCCUCCACUUUACGCUGGGGCCUUCUACUUAUGAUGAAAUAUCCUGAAAUUCAGAAAAAAGUCCAAAAAGAGAUAGAGCAAGUGAUAGGUUCAACCCCACCACGAAUCAAACAUCGAACUCAAAUGCCAUAUACAGAUGCUGUCAUCCAUGAAAUCCAAAGGUUUGCUAACAUCCUGCCUUUGAACUUGCCUCAUGCAACUACUACAGAUGUCACUCUCAAAGGCUAUUUCAUUCCCAAGGGAACCUACACCAUCCCUUUGCUGGCCUCUGUCCUGCGAGACAAAUCUCAUUGGGAGAAACCUGACAUAUUCCACCCCGAGCAUUUCCUUGACUCUGAGGGAAAGUUUGUAAAGAAAGAUGCUUUCAUGCCUUUUUCAGCAGGGCGGAGGAUCUGCGCUGGUGAGACUCUCGCCAAAAUGGAGCUCUUCCUCUUCUUCACAAGUCUUCUUCAGCGGUUCACCUUCCACCCUCCCACUGGUGUUUCCAUCUCAGACCUGGACCUCACUCCUGCCGUUGGAUUUACAACCCCCCCAAUAGCUCAUGAGGUCUGUGCAGUGCCACGUUUCUCGAGCUUUUCUCAGGUAUCCUCCUUCUCCCAAGACAGAUAA